CAUUAUAACUAAUAAAUAUUUUUUAAUUGUCAUAUUACUCGUUGCAAUGUUUUAAGUCACUCGAUCGCCUAUAAACAGUUUGAACGGCAAUUUGAAAGGUGUUACCGCAUAAUACGUAGUUAAAAUGGAGGCGGCUUGUGGCGAUGUAGCGAGGGAGUUUGCGGACAAAGUGGUGCUGGUAACAGGAGCGAGUGCGGGCAUAGGGAAGGCGACUGCGCUUCUGUUUGCGUCGCGUGGAGCGCGGCUGUCCCUCGUGGCGUGGGACGCCGACGCCUCCGCCCUGCAGGCAGUAGGGCUCCAGUGCCGCGCCUACGGGCACGAGCCGCUGCUGAUACAUGUAGACUUGUCUACGGAUGAAGGCUGCGAGCGGACUGCUAAAGACACCCUGGCAAAAUUUGGGAGAUUGGACAUCCUGGUAAACAACGCGGGGAUCGGGGGUUGCACCACGCUCGAGAAGACCGACAUGGCCACAUUCGACCGCGUGUUCGCCCUGAACGUGCGCGCCGUGUACAACCUGACGCGGCUGCUGGCGCCGGCGCUGGUGCGCGCGCGCGGGAACGUCGUCAACGUGUCCAGCACCGCCGCGGAGGUCGCCUGCGUCGGCCUGCUACCCUACGCCAUGUCCAAGGCUGCAGUAAGUCACUUCACGCGCCUCAUCGCGCUGGAGCUCGCGCCGAAAGGUGUCAGGGUUAACGCUGUGUGCCCUGGGGUCGUGGACACCAAUUUGGUACAACGUAUGACGGGGAUAACAGAGGAGGAGUACCGCGAGUGGCUGCGGCAGGCGGAGCGCGGGAUCCCGCUGGGGCGCGCGUGCGUCGGCGCCGACGUGGCGGCCAUGAUCGCGCACCUGGCCGGCGCCGGCGCCGCCGCCGUCACGGGCGCCACCGUGCCCGUCGACGGCGGCCUCAGGUUCAUGGGCGCCGGUGCCCUCGUCCCAGGCCAGCUAUAAUAAAGAUAUCUUUUAAAAUAUGAUUUAUUUAAGCUUUGGUGACAUCGAAUGCCUAUGAUUGUAUCUAGGAAUACUGAGGAAUAUACGUAAACACUCCUUACAAUAAAAAAAAUAUCUGUCUCUUACUGGCUGGAUACGCUACUUCUCAUGACAAUCGACGAAGGGUUGGUUGCAGUAGUGAGUUUUAUAGGCACUGCAUCUUUUUCCAAAAGGAUUGUUUAUCUAAUAAGAUCGUUAGUAAUUAUAUUGUAAUUGGAAAAUAAUUUCUGACGAGACUUAUAACGCCAUCUAUUGAAUUUUUCGAAUAACUAUAAUAAAGAAUAUUUUAACUUGCUUAACCACGAGGUACAUCCGCUAUUGUGUACUAGAUGGCGCUUUCAUACUUGACGCUACUAGCUACAAGAUGACGUUACUAGUACUUGUCAAUUCGAUUAUAAGAAUAAGUUAGGUUUUUAUUUUUACGUUUUAUGUCCUCGUAAGGCCUGGAUUUCCAGACACAAUUUAAACAAUGGGAUUUGGAUUUUAAAAGGACUUUGGGCCUUACGACCAUAUAAGUACAUUAAAAUUUAGACAAGUGUAAUUCAGUGUAAGAGAGAAAAAAAAAUUACAGCUAAUAAAAACUUAACUAAACAA